CGCCUUCUUUUCACGCCAAUAUCCGAGCUCCACGCAGCUUUUUUGGUUGGAGUUCAGCCCCGCCUCUGUCAGAGGGGGUACUCUUUCCCACUGUUGCCCCUCUGUGUCUCGGGCCUUCUCAGACCACACUACGCCGUCUCUAGACCCCCUCCCGCAGUCCCUGCUUCCUCUUCGCUGGAUUCCGCUCUCUAUGCCCGCUUGGCAGGGGUCCGUGGCGCCCCGGGACUACAUUUCCCAGCAGGUCGGGCGGCCGGCGCCGCGGCUGCGGUCAGGUGACCCGGUCUCCUGACUUGCGGAUUGCCAGUGGGUUCGCCCAGAGGAGAGCUGACUGCCCUGGGCUGCUGCUGACCUCCGGCAGAGUUGAGCCAAAAUGUCCCCGGAAUCUAAAAAGCUUUUCAACAUCGUUAUUUUAGGAAUUGCCUUUAUGUUCAUGUUCACCGCCUUUCAAACUUGUGGAAAUGUGGCGCAAACAGUCAUCAGGAGCUUAAAUAGCACAGAUUUUCACGGCAGUGGAUAUACCAGCAUGGCAAUUAUUUAUGGAGUGUUUUCUGCUUCAAAUUUGAUUACACCAUCAGUGGUUGCCAUUGUAGGACCUCAACUCUCUAUGUUUGCUAGUGGUUUGUUUUACAGCAUGUACAUUGCCGUUUUUAUCCAGCCUUUCCCGUGGUCCUUCUACACAGCCUCUGUUUUCAUUGGAAUUGCAGCUGCUGUACUCUGGACAGCACAAGGAAACUGCCUUACAAUAAAUUCAGAUGAGCACACUAUUGGGAGAAACAGUGGAAUUUUCUGGGCACUCUUACAAUCCAGCUUGUUCUUUGGAAAUCUCUACAUCUAUUUUGCUUGGCAAGGGAAAACGCAAAUAUCAGAGAGUGACCGAAGGACAGUGUUUAUUGCUCUGACAGUGAUUAGCCUUGUGGGGACAGUUCUAUUCUUUCUCAUUCGGAAACCAGAUUCUGAAAAUGUCCUGGGAGAAGAUGAAUCUUCUGAUGACCAGGACGUGGAAGUCAAUGAGUCUGCCCAGAACAAUAUGACAAAGGCAGUAGAUGCAUUUAAAAAGUCUCUUAAGUUGUGUGUCACCAAGGAGAUGCUCCUUCUUAGUAUUACAACUGCUUAUACAGGUCUAGAGUUGACUUUCUUCUCUGGUGUAUAUGGAACCUGUAUUGGCGCUGUAAAUAAAUUUGGAGCAGAAGAGAAAAGCCUCAUUGGACUUUCUGGGAUUUUCAUUGGCAUUGGAGAAAUUUUAGGUGGAAGCCUCUUUGGCCUGCUGAGCAAGAAUAAUCGUUUUGGUAGGAAUCCAGUUGUGCUAUUGGGCAUCCUGGUGCAUUUUACAGCUUUUUAUUUAAUAUUUCUCAACAUGCCUGGGGACGCCCCUAUUGCUCCUGUUGAAGGAACUGAUAGCAGUGCUUACAUCAAAUCCAGCAAAGAAGUUGCCAUCUUCUGCAGCUUCCUGUUGGGUCUUGGAGACAGCUGCUUCAAUACCCAGCUGCUCAGUAUUUUGGGUUUCCUCUACUCUGAGGACAGCGCCCCAGCUUUUGCAGUGUUUAAAUUUGUUCAGUCCAUUUGUGCAGCUGUGGCAUUUUUCUACAGUAACUACCUUCUCCUUCAUUGGCAACUCCUAGUCAUGGUGAUCUUUGGGUUUUUUGGAACUGUUUCAUUCUUCACUGUGGAGUGGGAAGCUGCCGCCAUUGUCGCCCGGGGCUCUGACUACCGAAGUAUUUGAUGAAGGGUCCAGUAAGAGGAAGCCUGCAUCUGCAGACAGCACAGCUGAGUGACAGAGCUUGGUUGAAGAAGCCACCUUUCAUUUUCACAGUAUAUGGGAUGAUGUUUAGUAUGGAAAAUCAAAGAAUUUACACUGCUAAAUCUGCCAGAGUUGGUAUUCAAGUUUACAGAUAUUAGCUAUUUAAAACAAGUGGAAUAAGGGAAGUUUGUUCUGUCAAUUAUAAUUGUUCAAAGAUAUUGUUUUUCAGUUCAUCUGUCUAUCUCAAGUUCCUUAUAAUCAUGUUACAGAAUGUAAAUGUUUUCUUCUCCCUCCUGUUCUCGUUGAAAGGUCCUGCCUUGAUUCAGAAUACUAGGCCAUAUGUCAUAAAAAGACUCCUGCUGAGUAUGGAGUUUGUGUUACUGUGUAAUAAGAGGGAGCCUAUGCCACUUCAUAUAUGUGUCUGGGAAUGACAUUUAAAUAAAUCAUGAGAUGCUGAAGUGGAAUCUUCUCUUUGAAAAGAUUUGCACUUUCUUCCUCUUUAAAUGUUUAGUUUGAUAAGUUUUCUUACCUUGUAGUUCAUAGCAAGGAGUGGCUAAUUAAGUACAUAUUAUAAAAUGAGGUAAAAAUUGUCUUAAGUCUUAAAAACAGUAAUCUAAUAACAUUUGUAAAUGAACAAAACACAUUAAGAAAAAAAAAACACAUUUACUGGAGGAGGAUUUUUGCUAGUAGUUUUCCUAGACGAUGCAAUGCAAAAAAUAAAUAAAUAAAUAAUGAGGUCUGAGCUACGGUGGCAGGCUGCUGUC